CAGAAAAAGAUCAUUUACUUGUUCUUGAAUCAAUUGAUACUGAAGUAUAUAGUGAAGACAAAGAACCUAAUGAAGUUGAUAACAGAAAUUUAAUAGAACAACUGAGCAUAAAUUCACCACCUCAACUUGAGGCUAAUUUGAAUAUUUUACGAAAUCAAGAUGAAAAAAAAGAUAGUCAAAAAUUUAGACGUUGCUUGCCUAGUGAAGAUGAAUGGAGGUUGGUUGAAGAGUUAACUAAAAUUUUUGAGCUGUUUGACCAGGCAACUGAA